AUGUAUCUGUCUUCCAUGGCUUUUGAAAGGCCGUGUUGUACUGAUGGAUCCAUGCCAGUCCCUGGCUCAGGACCACUUCCCCGGCCCGCCGCGCGGGGGCCACCUUCGCUCCGCAGCCAUCAACCGCGCAGCCACGUCUGCCCGGUCCAUGGCCACGCCCAAACCACGCCAGGUCAAGCCCCCAGGGUAGCCACGCCCCUCCGACCACGCCCGACCGCUCCUGGGACACUGCGCCUGCGCCACGCGGCCGGGGCGGGGCGGGGCGACGAGCGGCCCAGCGGAAGAGGCGGGGCGGGCGCGGCGGCACUUCCGCGACCUCGGCGGUCGCAGACCUCAGGAGCCCGCAGGUGCAUCCUGCCAGAGAGCAGCAUGGCUCUCCCGGGGCUGCUGCGUUCCGUGACGAGCUGCUUCAGACCACCCUCCUGGCUCCUCUUCCUACGCCUGGGCACCCCGACUGGGGGUAGCCCUGAGCCCCACAACCCCCGGGGGACGCUGUGGAGGAGACUGUGUGCACAUGCGCCACUGCAGGCACCAGCUCGAGAUCUCUCAGAGCAGGAGCGGAGACUGGUAGAGAAACUAUACGCUGGCCUGGUGGAGGGGCAGCGGGCCUGCCUGGCAGAGGCCAUCACACUGGUGGAGUCCACACACUGCAGGAAGAAGGCCUUGGCCCAGGCACUGCUGCAGCGGGUCCUGGCCUACCACGGAGAGCAGGAGAGGCUGAAUGGAGGAACACCACUGGCCUUCCGAGUGGGAUUGUCUGGGCCCCCUGGAGCUGGAAAAUCAACCUUUAUCGAAUACUUUGGGAAGAUGCUCACAGAGCGGGGCCACCGGCUGUCCGUGCUGGCUGUUGACCCCUCCUCGUGUACUAGUGGGGGGUCACUCCUGGGUGAUAAGACGCGGAUGACUGAGCUUUCCAGAGACAUGAAUGCCUACAUCAGGCCGUCACCUACAAGUGGCACCCUGGGAGGUGUAACAAGGACCACCAGCGAAGCCAUUCUGCUGUGUGAAGGCGGAGGGUAUGACAUCAUCCUUAUAGAGACUGUGGGUGUGGGCCAGUCAGAGUUCGCUGUGGCCGACAUGGUUGACAUGUUUGUUCUGCUUCUGCCGCCCGCAGGAGGAGAUGAGCUGCAGGGAAUCAAGAGGGGCAUCAUUGAGAUGGCCGACCUGGUAGCCAUCACCAAGUCUGAUGGGGACUUGAUUGUGCCAGCACGAAGGAUCCAGGCUGAGUACGUGAGUGCCCUGAAAUUGCUCCGCAAGCGCUCCCAAGUCUGGAGACCCAAGGUGAUGCGCAUCUCUGCCCGCAGCGGGGCGGGUAUCGUGGAAAUGUGGGACGCGAUGCAGGAAUUCCGGGCACUGAUGCUGGCCAGCGGCGAGCUCGUGGCCCGGCGACAGCGGCAGCGCAAGGUGUGGAUGUGGCGGCUCAUCCAGGAGAAUGUGCUGGAACAUUUCCGCGCUCACGCGGCCGUGCGUGAGCAGAUCCCGACGCUGGAGAAAAGGGUCCUGAGUGGCUCCCUGGCACCCGGCUUGGCCGCAGACUUGCUGCUAAAAGCUUUCCGGGGUGGAGACUGAGCCUCUCCCAGGGCCCUUCAGUAUUAAAAGGCGACGCACA